AUGACUUCUUUCACUAAGUUCGAGGACCAUGAGACCCCGGUCAUCGCCGUCCAUCCUUCUCGUCGUGUCUCGAAGAUCAACCCCAAUAUCUAUGCUGGCUUUACUGAGCACAUGGGCCGAUGCAUCUACGGCGGCAUCUAUGACCCCGGCAAUCCCCUCUCCGAUGAGAAUGGUUUCCGCAAGGAUGUUCUGGGUGCGCUGAAAGACAUCAACAUCCCCGUCGUUCGUUACCCCGGCGGCAACUUCUGCGCUACCUACCACUGGCUCGAUGGUGUCGGUCCUAAGGACCAGCGGCCCUCGCGCCCCGAACUUGCUUGGCUGGGCACAGAGACAAACCAGUUCGGUACGGACGAGUUUAUGAAGUGGUGCGAGGUUCUCGGCACUGAGCCCUACCUGUGCUUUAACUUUGGCACUGGUACUUUGGAUGAAGCUCUCGCUUGGGUGGAAUACUGCAAUGGCACUGGUAACACAUACUACGCCAACAUGCGCCGCAAGAACGGCCAUGAAGAGCCAUACAAUGUCAAAUACUGGGCCCUCGGCAACGAGACAUGGGGUCCAUGGCAGGUCGAGCAAAUGACCAAGGAAGCAUACGCCCAUAAGGCACUGCAGUGGGCUAAGGCACUCAAACUCCUCGACCCCAGCCUCAUCCUCAUCCUCUGCGGCCAAGACGGCACUGCAACCUGGGACUACUACACCCUCAAGCACUGCCUCCUCCCCGCCCACUCGGCCCUCUCCACCAGCGCAGUUCCCCUCAUCGACAUGCACAGCAUCCACAUGUACACCUGCUCAAACGAGCACCUCCCCAACGCAACAGCCCCUCUCGCCGCCGAACGCGCCAUCGAAAUCACCUCCUCCCUCAUCGACCUCGCCCGCAUCGAAAACGGCGUUCCCCCCUCCCAGCCCCGCCCAACAAUCUGCUUCGACGAAUGGAACGUCUGGGAUCCCAUCCGCGCCGAGGGAAGUCAAGGCGCAGAAGAAAGCUACACCCUCUCCGACGCGCUGGCCGUCGCUAUCUGGCUGAAUGUGUUCAUCCGGAAGAGUCGCGAUCUGGGAAUGGCUUGUAUCGCGCAGAGCGUUAAUGUUAUUUCCCCGCUUAUGACUACCCCGGAGGGUAUCGUUAAGCAGACUACUUGGUGGCCGUUGUAUCUGUUUUCGAAGUUUAUGCGUGGGUGGACUGUUAGUGCGCACGUUUCUUGUGGAACUUAUGAGGGGGCUACGGCGCCCGUUUGGUUGCGGAGUGCUGUGCAGACGCCUUGGUUGGAUGUUAGUGCUUCCGUUGGCGAGGAUGGGUUUGCCAAUUUGGUGGUUGUGAAUAUUCAUGAGGAGAAGAGCUUUGAGACUAAGGUUGAGGGUGUUACUGGGGAUGUGGAGGUGUUUACUGUUACUGGUGAGGGUGUUGCUGCGACGAACAUGAAGGGCAAGGAGGAGGUUGCUAUUCAGGAGUCUAAGUGGGAUGCUCAGGGACUUUAUGUUUUCCCUAAGUUGUCGAUUACUUUGAUGAGGUGGAAGGCUGAGUGA